GGUUACAUCUGCGAAGGAGGGUUGUGUCUGAUUGGUUGUCGCACUCAUUCCGACUGUCCUUCCGCGUUAUCCUGCAUCAGCAACCGUUGCGAGGAUCCAUGCUCGGCAAACGGAUCACCUUGUGGGACAAACGCACUCUGCCGCGUUUCCAAUCAUAGAGCGGUGUGCCUGUGUCCCGAGGGAUUCCAGGGCGAACCUAGCCAAGAGUGUUACCAAUUGGAAUGUCACCGGGACGACGACUGCGAAGCCAACAAACACUGCAGCGAGGAUGGUGUCUGCACCAAUCCUUGCCUGCAACACGGAGUCUGCGGCUUCAACGCUCAAUGCAGGGUGGUUAACAGAAAGGCACAGUGCUCCUGUCCACCCGGACAUUAUGGAAAUCCUAAGAUCAACUGUAAGAAAGGUGGCGACGAGUGUCUAAGGAGACCCUGCGGAGUGAACGCGAAGUGCAGAGAAACGUUGAACGGAUUCGAAUGCACCUGCGACCCAGGAUGCCAAGGGGACCCACAUCAGGUUUGCAUCUGCGGUGGGGAACUGUGCAAGGAAACGCGAUGCGGCGUGAACGCUGCUUGCAGAAUUUACAAGAACCAACCCCAGUGCUACUGUCCACCAAAUUACCCAUCCGGUGACCCGAUGCAUGCCUGUAGCGGUGACAAGAGCCUGGGCGACUGUCGCACGAACGGCUGCGGCAAGGGUGCCGAGUGCAUACGAGACGGUGCGAUAUUCGUGUGCAGAUGUCCACCGGGUACCAGCGGAUCGCCGGACGUCGAGUGCAGCUCAGAGCGCGAAUGCACCAGUGACCUAGAGUGCCCGAACGAAAAAGCCUGCAUUGACCUGCAAUGCGUGGACCCGUGCGGUCUCCGGGGUGCCUGCGGGAUCAACGCCCUGUGCCGCGUGGUUCUGCACAAGCCCCGGUGCUCCUGUCCUCAGUGCUAUAUCGGCAUGCCGCGCACGGCCUGCCACCCGGACCCGAAAUGCGAAACGCUGAACCCGAGGCCGACGCCUAGCAUCGGUUGCUCCUCGGACCGCGACUGUCCCGAGAGCCUGUCCUGCAAUUCCCGCACCGGCGAGUGCCGCGACCCGUGCCUCGGCCCGCAGUACGGCUGCGAGGUGAACAAGAGGUGCCAGGUGCGCAGCCACCGGCCCACGUGCGUCUGCAAGUACGGGUUUGUCGUGAACGAGGUCGGCGAGUUGACGUGCGCUCCGGACACGUUGACCUGCGCGAGGGACUUCGACUGUCCGUCGAACGCGGCCUGCGUGAACGGGAAAUGCCAGAACCCGUGUAACGUCCGUAAGAGAAAACCGUGUCCGGCCGACAAAACCUGCGACGUCCUGGACCACCGUCCCGUAUGCAUAUGCACACAAAACUGCAAUCCCUCCCUCUCCAUUUGCCUGCGUGACAGUGGCUGCUCUCCAGACUUGGCGUGCCGCAACUAUCGCUGCGUGGACCCAUGCAGAAACUCCACCUGUCCGGCUGAUGCCCCCUGUUACGUGGAGGAGCACAAGCCUAUCUGCAAGUUCUGUCCCCCCGGCUUUGUGCCAGAUACUAAAUACGGAUGCAUGAAAGUUCUCCACAACGCGACCACAGACAAUAUCUGCGAGUACGACGAGGAUUGCGCCGACACAGAAGCCUGUGUCGAAGGGUCCUGCGUCGAUCCUUGCGUCGACCGAUGUCGAUCGGCGGUUCGAUGUCUGGUUAAAGCACACAGGCCUAUUUGCUGCGACGAUUACACAUGUACAAACACCACAGAGAUUUAUGAAACCACUACACUCUUAACCAGCACACAAUCUAAUAUUACUACUCAUGAGUAUGAAGAGAGUACGACUUCGAUAGGAACUACUGAAUCCUCGAGUAUGAUUAGUAUGGAAACUACCACGAUUUCUACUGUUGAAGAAAAUACUGUAUCCGUGGAAUCGACUGUGCCUGCUGUAAUUGUAUCUGGUACUACUGAGACUAUCGGGAGCACUACUUCUAUGACAGAAGUGCCGACUGUUGAAGAUAUUUCUACGGAGAACACGGAACUUGUUCCAACAGUGACGGAAACUGUUACAAUUCCUAGUGUUGAAGAAAAUACCGUAUCUGUGGAAUCGACCGUGCCUACUAUAAUUGUAUCUGGUACUACUAAGACUAUCGAAAGUACUACUUCUGAAGCAGAAGUACCGACUGUUAAAGACAUUUCAAUGGAGAACACCGAAUUUGUUCCGACAGUGACGGAAACUAUGACAAUUCCCAGUGUUGAAGAAAAUACCGUAUCCGUGGAAUCGACCGUGCCUACUAUAAUUGUGUUUGGUACAACUGAGACUAUCGGGAGCACUACUUCUAUGAUAGAAGUGCCUACUGUCAAAGAUAUUUCUGAAGAGAACACGGAACCUGUUCCAACAGUAAAAGGCAUAGAGUAUGAACCUACUGGUACAACUGAAGUAGUAUCUACCACAGAAUUGUUUGAGACUCAGGGGACUACGACUGAGAAAAUUCAAAUAGUUACUCCGGUUGUAUAUUUUCAUCCAACGAAUAGAACUUCGCCGUCUGGUGAAGUUAUUACUGUGACACCUAUAUAUUUGAACGAAUCCACUACAGAAACGACAAUAUUCACUGAAAGAGUUUCUAGUGAAAGUACAUCUGAAGAAAGUACUAACACAAUACCAAUGAGUACGGAGAGUACGAGUAUAGGAACGACAGAAAGUGUAACAUUGAUCACAGUGACGGCACAGUAUCCCUUGAAACAUCCGACGACUGAAUACGCUACAAUACCGGAAGUUGUUACUGUAACUCCUGUAUAUUUAAACGAAUCCACUACAGAAAUGAUGGAAUUUACUGAAAGAAGUUCUACUGAAAGUACAUCUGAAGAAAGUUUUAAUACAAUACCAACGAAUACAGAAAGUACGAGUUUAAGGACGACAGAGAAUGUAACAUUGAUCACUGUCACAGCGCAAUAUCCUACGAAAUAUGAAACGACGACUGAACAUCCUUUAAAGCAUGAGACAACGACUGAAUACUCUACGGUAUCAGAAGUUACGGAAACAAGUUCUCCAGAAAUUGUUACUCUUCAAGAAACCACUAAUAAAAUGCCACUGAGCACAGAGAAUUUGAAUCUAGGAACGACAGAGAAUGUAACGUUGAUUACUGUGACACCGGAAUAUCCUUUAAAGCAUGAAACCACGACUGAACAAUUUACUUCAAUGGAAACAGAAUAUUCGACGCGGGAAUCUUUGACAACUACGGAGAUUUCAAUAGAACAGUUGUCAACAACUGCAGAAUAUUCUACAGAGCAAUCUUCAGUAACUAUAGAAUAUCCAACGGAAUACUCCACAGUUCGGCCUUUAAUUACCGAACAAUAUUCAACAGAAAAAUCUUCAAUAACUACGGAACAAACUUCAACAAUUGAAUAUUAUACGCAACAAUCUUCCACGACAGAGCAAUAUUUUACUGAGCAAUUAACAACACAAUACUCAACAGAAAAAGUUCCCGGAGUCACCCAAUACUCAACAACCGAACAACACAUCACGGAAGAACAAUUAACGACUCAAUAUGCGACGUCGACAGAAUACUCGACGGAACAAUUGUUAACAACCGAACAAAUAAAAACAUACUCAACAGAAAAAUCAUCAACUGCCACGAAAUACUCAACAGAAUCAUCGACCGAACAAUACUUUACCCCGUCGACGACAACCGAGCAACAAAUCGGGGAACAAUCAACUGAACCGUAUACAACCGAGUUAACAUCCGAACGACUAACCACAGAACCACACACGACUCUAACAACUCCAGGGUAUACAGCUUGCGAACAGACUACUACCAUCAAUGCUACCGAUUGUAAAAUCUGUCCGAACGACACGUGUCGGCCCGUGUGCUUCAACCUAAACCAGAGUACAACUAAUUGUAGCGUACUCCCAGAUACCAAAUGCAAAACGCACGACGACUGUCUCUCCCAGUUGGCCUGCAUAAAUGAGCAAUGCCUGAACCCGUGCACCGUUCACAACCCAUGCGACUUUGUCGAAGUCUGCCACGUUCAGGAUCACAGACCCGUUUGCGUGAAAGAUGUAACGGAUGGUAGAGAUUGUCCUUAUUGCCCGCCUGGCAUGGAGUGCGACCCAACUACGUACACUUGUAUCAAAGCGGGUUGCACUAGCCACAAAGAUUGUCCGUUGACUGAGGCGUGCAUCGAGGGCACCUGUCAGGAACCGUGUCUCGUUUGGAAUCCCUGCGCCGCGAACGCGAUCUGCGUUAACACCAAUCACAAGGCCGACUGCAGCUGCGAGGAAGGAUACCACGGGAACGGUUUCUCUUAUUGCGAACUAGAAGAGGAAGGAAGGAACGUAUGCCAAUAUAACGAAGACUGUCCACCAUCUAAAUACUGCGACCGGCUGAACCGGAAGUGCAUCAACCCUUGCGCGGAAGCCGACUGCGGCGACAACACCAAAUGCUACUCGGAGAACCAUCAAGCGCAAUGCAAGUGCUUGCCCGGAUUCCAAGGCAACCCCCACGUCGGUUGCACGCAAUUAACCACAGAUCCAUGCGUGCCGAAUCCUUGCGGCUUGGAUGCUAUGUGCGAAAAUGACAAUGGCAAUCCGAUAUGCUUCUGUCCUAAGGGGCUUACCGGAAAUCCGUUUGAGAAAUGCAUUCCAGAAGGCGAUCAGUGUCAAGGGAACCCUUGCGGUGUGAAUUCCGGCUGCCGCUUGAUAUCAGGGCAAGUGAGAUGUUUCUGUCUGCCAGGAUACGAAGGAAAUCCUCCUAACACGCCUUGUACCUUACCUGGCAAUCCUUGUGAACCAUCCCCCUGUGGACCAAACACACAAUGCACCGUGUUAGAUAACGGUCUCUCCAAAUGUAGCUGUCUGCCAGGGUUCAUCGAAAGUCCCAACACAGUUAGAGGCUGCGUGCCUCGAUCUGACGAGUGCGAACCGAAUCCCUGCGGAAUCGGAGCCUUGUGCGAUUCGAACAGAGUGCCUCCUUGCUACUGCCCGGAUCACACCGCUGGCGAUCCUUAUCAGAGCUGUGCAGUAAUAGCGCCAGAAAAUCCAUGCCAACCGUCGCCAUGUGGUCCGUACAGCAAUUGCAGAGUAAUCGACAAUCAUGCUGUGUGUUCCUGUCAACCGGAUUACGUCGGCAGUCCUCCACAGUGUCGACCGGAGUGCGAAUCUAGCGCUGACUGCUCGCUGAACACUGCUUGCAUCGAACGGAGGUGCAGAGACCCAUGCCCGGGUACUUGUGGCGAGAACACUGAUUGCCAAGUCAGCAAUCAUAAUCCAGUGUGCAGUUGCAUAUCCGGAUUCACUGGAGACCCGUUCUUCGGAUGCGCCAGAGAACCGGAAGGAAAGCAACCAGGAUCAGAACCGAGCGGAAAUCCUUGUAUUCCAUCACCUUGUGGACCGAAUUCUCAGUGUCGCGUGAUCGAUGGUUUCCCGGCAUGUUCCUGUCUGCCAAACUACAUCGGCAAGGCACCUAACUGUCGCCCAGAGUGUACUAGCAACGCUGAGUGUCCCGGAAAUCUCGCCUGUCGCAACGAUCGAUGCGUGGAUCCUUGCCCAGGAUCUUGCGGUAUCAAUACCUUCUGCAAUGUCGUAAAACAUAAUCCAGUUUGCAUUUGCAACGCUGGCCACAGCGGGGAUCCAUUCAUCCAGUGUACACCCAUAUUAGAAGAACCUACGACAACAGAACAGCCUCGCACCCCUUGUAAUCCAUCACCCUGCGGUGCGAACGCGAUCUGCAACGAGCGUAACGGCGUCGGUUCCUGCACUUGUCUGCCAGAAUACAUCGGCGAUCCAUACACAGGCUGCAGACCAGAAUGCCUGAAGAACUCCGAUUGCGAUCCGAGCAAAGCUUGUCAAAACAACAAAUGCGCGAAUCCUUGUCCAGGUACCUGCGGGCAAAGCGCCACUUGCAGAGUCGUAAACCACGCUCCGUCGUGCACCUGUUUACCCGGUUUCACCGGCGAUCCUUUCACCGCGUGCAUGGGAAUUGAAGUAACUCCAGAACCCUUGCCUAUCAACCCUUGCGAGCCAUCGCCUUGCGGACCCAACAGCAACUGUCGCGUGCACAACGGACACGCUGUGUGCCUUUGUCAACCAGGAUUCGUCGGUGUACCUCCAGGUUGUCGCCCGGAGUGCAUAGUCAGCGCAGAAUGUUCUCAGAACAGAGCCUGCAUCGAUAACAAGUGCGCGGAUCCUUGCCCAGGAUCCUGCGGAGUGAACACGAAAUGCUUGACAGUGAAUCACAAUCCCAUCUGCUCCUGCGCGACUGGACACACUGGCAAUCCAUUGCUGCAGUGCACGAGGUUCAACAUGACUCAACCACCGUUCAAAGAUGUUGGAAAUCCAUGCGAGCCCAACCCAUGUGGACCGAAUUCGCAAUGUCGAGUAAUCGGCUCACAGCCGGCGUGUUCCUGUUUAUUGAAUUACAUUGGACGACCGCCGAAUUGCAGACCCGAGUGUGUGGAUGAUUCUGAUUGCUUCCACUCGGCAGCGUGUAUUAAUCAGCUGUGCAAGAAUCCUUGUCCUGGAGCUUGUGGCGAACUGGCUAGGUGUUCAGUGCAGAAUCAUGUUCCUAUUUGUACCUGUCCUGAGGGGUACGAGGGUGACGCUACUGUUCGCUGUUUCCUGGGACCGCCACCAACAACAGAUAUCAGCAUUGCCAAUCCAUGUUCUCCAAAUCCGUGCGGGCCCAACGCUCAAUGCCGCGAGAGGAAUGGUGCCGGAGCAUGCGUCUGCCCACUGGACCUCGUUGGCGACCCGUACGAUAACGAUAAGGGAUGCCACAGAGAGUGCGAAUCGAACAACGACUGCGCCCCGCAAUUGGCUUGUGUCGGAUUCAAGUGUUCCGAUCCUUGCCCGAGCACUUGCGGCACAUUGUCCAUCUGCAGAGUCCAGGAGCAUGUACCUGUAUGCACUUGCCCUCCAGGAUACACGGGAGAUCCGUACUUCGCUUGCGAAAUUAAAGAAAUGACGAAAAUGCCACCAUUAGAUCCAUGUUCACCGUCGCCCUGCGGUCCCAACAGCAAGUGUCGUGAAGUGAAUGGUCAGGCAGUUUGCACGUGUCUUCCGGAAUACAGAGGAAUUCCACCGAAUUGUAGACCGGAAUGUAUAGUGAACGCGGAGUGUCCGCCCCAUUUGGCUUGUUUGAACAAAAAGUGCGCGGAUCCUUGCCCGAAUACAUGUGGAUUGAGGGCACAGUGCACCACCAAGAACCAUAAUCCAAUUUGCACGUGUCCUACCGGAUUCACUGGUGAUCCCUUCACUCAAUGUUCUCUUGCUUAUGACGUUCCUUCGACCACGGAACGGCCGCCAUCGUGCAGCCCAUCACCUUGCGGGCCAAACUCCCUGUGCCAGAUCAUAUCCGGAAACCCAGCCUGCUCCUGCCUUCCGAAUUACAUCGGCGUCCCUCCAGAAUGCAGGCCAGAAUGCAUUUUAAGCUCUGAAUGCAAGAGUAAUCUCGCCUGCGUGAACCAGAGGUGUCAAGAUCCUUGUCCAGGCUCUUGUGGUGUCAAUGCACAGUGUCAUAUUUUGAACCACAUUCCUGUGUGCACUUGUAUGGAAGGAUUCACCGGUGAUCCGUUUACUCAAUGCACAGUCAUUCCUCCAACAACCGUACCAUCUGUGAGCGACCCAUGCAGUCCGUCGCCUUGCGGGCCGAACUCGAUAUGCAAGAACGGUGAAUGCGAAUGCCUGCCUGAAUACAUCGGCAACCCUUACGAAGCUUGCAGGCCAGAAUGCAUCCUCAACUCGGAGUGCCCACGUGACAAGACUUGCCUGAAGAACAAGUGCAAGGAUCCUUGUCCCGGCACGUGCGGUCAGAACGCACUUUGUGACAUCAUAAAUCACAUUCCCGUCUGUUCUUGCCCGUCUGGAUACGUUGGAGAUCCUUUCAUCAACUGCCGCGUUCAACCGCAAAUUCCACAAUCUUCAAGGGACCCAUGCUCUCCCUCGCCAUGUGGGCCAAACAGUCAAUGUCGCAAUAUUGAGGAUCAUGCCGUGUGUUCCUGCCUUCAAGGAUACCUCGGAUCUCCGCCAUCCUGCAAACCUGAAUGCGUCGUCAGCUCGGAGUGUCCACCAACGCGUGCAUGCGUCAAUCAAAAGUGCACCGAUCCUUGCUUGGGUUCUUGCGGAUUGAACGCUAGAUGCGAAGUCAUUAAUCACUCGCCCAUCUGCAGUUGCGUUCCUGGACAAACCGGAGAUCCGUUCAGGAGUUGUUACGAAAUUCAACUGCCGCCAGAGACAAAAGAAACGGGAGAUCCUUGCAACCCUUCGCCCUGUGGACCAAAUGCUCAGUGUCAAAACAUAAAUGGUUUCCCAACAUGUUCUUGUCUUCCUACAUACAUCGGAACUCCCCCGAACUGUCGUCCAGAGUGUUUGAUAAACCCCGAUUGUCCAACGGACAAGGCAUGUAUAAAUUCGAAGUGUACGAAUCCUUGUUCUGGAUCCUGCGCUGAGAAUGCUAAGUGCCUUGUGGUCAACCAUGCAGUUACUUGCUCGUGCUCGUCCGGCUACACGGGAAAUCCAUUUGUUCAGUGCAUUAUAUUGGAAGAAGAAGCUAUUAACCCAUGCGAACCAUCGCCAUGUGGACCCAACGCAAUUUGCCAGCAACGCGACAACGUCGGCGCGUGCAUCUGCAUCGACGAUUACCACGGGAACCCUUACGAAGGCUGUCAACCGGAAUGCAUCCUUAGUUCAGAUUGCCCAACCAACAAAGCCUGCGUGCGGAACAAGUGCGAGGAUCCUUGCCCAGGAAUAUGCGGCAUUCAAGCUCAGUGCUCAGUUAUCAAUCACAUCCCGACUUGUACUUGCCAACCCGGUUACGUGGGAGAUCCGUUCAACAGUUGCACUUUACCGGUCAGCCCAAGCACCGAGCCCACGGUGACCGAUCCCUGUCUGCCGUCUCCCUGUGGACCUAACAGUCUAUGUAGAACCGUGAACGACCAAGCUGUGUGUACUUGCCAAGAGUCUUUCGUCGGAUCACCGCCUAACUGCAGACCGGAGUGCGUGGUGAACUCGGAAUGCCCGCAGAACAGAGCUUGUUACAAGUACAAGUGCACUGAUCCUUGCCCUGGAACUUGUGGCGUUGGAGCUAAUUGCAGAGUGAUCAAUCAUAAUCCGUUGUGCAGCUGUCCGCAGGCAACUACGGGAGAUCCCUUCUCCAGGUGUUAUCCUCAGAUAGUCACUCCAGUGCCGCCGGUGGGUGAUCCUUGCAGCCCAAGUCCUUGUGGUUUGUACGCGGAAUGUAGAGCAAUCGGGGACCAGGCUGCUUGCUCCUGUUUGAAGAACUACAUAGGAUUGCCGCCUAAUUGUCGCCCGGAAUGCGUUGUCAACACAGACUGUCCGUCAAAUCAAGCUUGCAUCUCCGAGAAAUGUCGAGAUCCUUGCGUUGGAUCCUGUGGACAGAACGCGGACUGCCGAGUGCAGAAUCAUAUACCCAUUUGCUUAUGUCAGCAAGAUUACACCGGCGACCCCUUCACCCUGUGCUCACAAAUAAUAGAACAACCGAAGACACCGGAGGAUCUGUGCAACCCAUCGCCUUGCGGACCGAACGCCGAUUGCAACGACGGAAUCUGCACGUGCCUUCCGAAUUACUUCGGCGAUCCUUAUUCGUACUGUCGACCAGAAUGCACGAUGAAUUCGGACUGUUCUCGAGUAAAGGCUUGCGUUAAUCACAACUGCGUGGACCCGUGCAUUGGAACCUGCGGUACCAACGCGAGAUGCGACGUGGUAAAUCACAUUCCAAUGUGCAGUUGUUCUACUGGCACCAUCGGGGAUCCAUUUGUAUUGUGUCGUCCACAAAUUUCUGAAGAACCAAGAAGGCAACCAUGUACGCCGUCACCUUGCGGAGCGAACAGCGUCUGCAAAGUGGUGAACGACCAUGCAGUCUGUUCCUGCCAAUCUGGAUUCAUCGGGAGCCCUCCUGCAUGCAGACCAGAAUGCGUGGUCAGCGCGGAAUGUCCUUUGACUCAAGCUUGCCUGAAUAACAAAUGCCAGGAUCCUUGUCCGGGAACCUGCGGUCAGAACACCAAAUGCCAAGUGCUAAAUCACAACCCUAUAUGCAGCUGCGACGAGGGAUACACAGGAGACCCGUUCACUAGAUGCUUCUUGAUGCCCAAGCAACCACCGGUGCCAACGAAUCCGUGCCAACCGUCGCCCUGCGGUCCCAACGCGGAGUGUCAAGUGCGCGGCGAUAGUCCGGCGUGUUCGUGCAUCGAAAAUUACGUGGGCGUCCCGCCAAAUUGCCGACCCGAGUGCACGAUCAAUCCGGAAUGCCCGCCGCAUUUGGCGUGCUUGCAGCAAAAGUGUCGCGAUCCGUGUGUCGGUCUGUGCGGUUCGAACGCGCAAUGCUCGGUAGUGAAUCACCACGCGGUGUGUGCUUGUGUAGAAAAUUUCGUCGGGGAUCCGUUCAGCAUUUGCGAGCCGGUCACCAAGGAUGUACCCCUAGAUCUUAGGAGACCGUGCGAGCCUUCCCCCUGCGGUCUGAACGCGAUCUGUCGCGAGAACAACGGCGUCGGCUCCUGUUCCUGUCCGACAGAUUACAUAGGCGACCCGUACCAAGGAUGCAGACCCGAGUGUACCCAAAAUUCCGAUUGCCCGAUGACGAUGGCCUGCACGAGGCUCAAGUGCCAAGACCCUUGUCCAGGAACCUGUGGACUGCAGGCCCGAUGCGAAACGAUCAAUCACGUUCCAGUUUGUUCGUGUAACACUGGUUAUACUGGCAAUCCUUUCACUUAUUGCACCCCGGCCCCUGUUACCCCGACCGUCUCAGACCCCUGUAGUCCCACACCGUGCGGACCCAACAGUCAAUGUAGAAACGUGGACGACCACGCCGUGUGCUCCUGCCUGACGAAUUUCGUUGGAACCCCGCCGAACUGUCGCCCCGAGUGCGUAGUGAACAAUGAGUGUCCCAGAGAGCUCGCGUGCAUCAAUCAGAAAUGCACGUCGCCGUGCGUAAAUUCGUGCGGUAUCAACACGCAAUGCAAGGUGGUCAACCAUAAUCCAAUUUGCUUCUGCAAUUUCGGAUACACCGGUGACCCGUUCACCAGAUGUUUCCCCGCUCCACAGCCCCAGAACGAUUUUCCCCUGGCCCCACAAGACCCGUGCGUGCCGUCACCCUGCGGCGCGUAUGCAGCAUGCCGAAACAUCGGUGGCACAGCUUCCUGUUCCUGCCUGCCAGGAUGUCUAGGUAUCCCACCAAAUUGUCGUCCGGAAUGUCGCGUCCAUUCCGACUGUCCCAUGAAUCUAGCAUGCGCCAACGAAAAGUGCCGAGACCCCUGCCAAGGGUCUUGCGGCGUGACCUCGCUCUGUACAGUUUACAACCACGUGCCUAUGUGCACCUGCCCCGAAGGAUACACCGGUGACCCCUUCAGCAAUUGCUACCCCGCCCCGAGACCAACUGAACCGACUGUUGACCCGUGCGCGAAUUCGCCCUGUGGCCCGAACACGCGUUGCGAUAAUGGAAUUUGCACGUGUUUGCUGGAGUAUCAGGGCGAUCCUUACAUCGGUUGCCGACCGGAGUGUGUUCUUAACACGGAUUGCCCACAGAAUAGAGCUUGUAUCAGGAAUAAGUGUGUCGACCCUUGCCCCGGUACCUGCGGUCGAAACGCUCAGUGUCUAGUAUACAAUCACAUGCCUAUGUGCAGUUGUCCUAACGGAAUGGUUGGAAACGCGUUUGUUCAAUGCAUCCUUCAAGAUACUGUAAAAACGAAUCCUUGCUCACCCUCGCCCUGUGGACCGAAUAGUAUUUGUCGCGAGAUCAACGAACAGCCAGUAUGUACCUGCGUGCUAGGAUUUCUGGGUGCACCUCCCGCGUGCAGACCGGAGUGCACAGUGAGCUCUGACUGUCCCCUUAACGAAGCAUGCACGAACCAAAAGUGUGUGGAUCCUUGUCCUGGUUCUUGCGGGAUCAGAGCUACUUGUAACGUUGUCAAUCACAAUCCCGUGUGCAGUUGCUUGCCCGAACACACUGGCGAUCCAUUCAUUCAAUGUAUUCCACGACCACUCGAGCCUGUGCAGCCGCAAAACCCAUGCGUACCCUCACCCUGCGGGCCCAAUUCUAUAUGCAGAGUCAUCAACGAAGCACCUUCUUGUUCUUGUUCACCGGAAUUCGUAGGCACCCCUCCCAAUUGUAGACCAGAGUGUGUCAGCAAUAGCGAAUGUCUUAGCAACUUGGCUUGUAUCAAUCGAAAGUGUCGAGAUCCAUGUCCAGGCUCGUGUGGUUCCAACGCUGAGUGCCGGGUGGUCAGUCAUACACCGAUGUGCGGCUGCCUGGCUGGUUUCACAGGCGAUCCCUUCACGCAGUGUAUCCCCAAACCCGAAAUCGAACCCACGCCGCAAUCCCCGUGCACCCCGUCGCCCUGUGGUCCGAACGCAAUUUGCAAAGAGUUAAACGGUGCUGGCUCCUGCACCUGCGCCCCGGAUUACAUAGGAAACCCGUACGAGGGAUGCCGACCCGAGUGUACUGUGAGCUCCGACUGCCCCUCGAAUCUAGCCUGCACCAGAUCGAAAUGCCAAGACCCUUGCCCUGGCACGUGCAGUCAAAACGCUGAUUGCGCGGUGAUCAAUCACCUGCCCAGCUGCACCUGCCGCGCUGGAUUCACGGGAGAUCCCUUCGUGAACUGUUAUAUCCAGCCAACGGUUACCCCAGUGGAUAGAAACCCUUGUAGUCCCUCGCCCUGCGGACCGAACAGCUUAUGCCGCGUGAACAACGGCCAAGCCGUGUGCACUUGCCUCCCCGAUUAUAUCGGGAGCCCACCCGGAUGCCGACCCGAGUGCGUGGUCAGCGCGGAAUGUCCCCUGAACAGAGCUUGCGUUAAUCAGAAGUGUACUGACCCCUGCCCUGGCCGCUGCGGCUCUAACGCAGAUUGCAGGAUCGUAAAUCAUAGUCCGAUCUGUGCUUGCAAGUUGGACUACACCGGAGACCCGUUCACCAGAUGUUUUUCCACGCCAAAACCAUUGCCAUCUCCCGUUGAAAACCCGUGUGUACCAUCCCCCUGUGGCCCGAACUCGGAAUGUCGCGAUAUCGGAGGUGCCCCGUCCUGUUCCUGUUUACCAACCUACAUGGGCAGCCCGCCGAAUUGUAGACCGGAGUGCACCAUAAAUCCAGACUGUCCCAGCAAUCAGGCUUGCAUGAACCAAAAAUGCAGAGACCCUUGCCCCGGCUCGUGCGGUACUUUCGCACAGUGUACGGUGAUCAAUCACGUGCCCAUGUGUAGCUGUAUCGAAGGCUACACCGGAGAUCCGUUCAGCAAUUGCUAUACCAAACCACCACAAUCAACAAUAUCUGAUGACCCUUGCAAUCCGUCACCCUGUGGACCGAACGCAGAGUGCAACAACGGAGUCUGCACUUGUUUAAUCGAAUAUCAAGGAGACCCAUACGUAGGAUGUAGACCCGAAUGCGUUCUCAAUACCGAUUGCCCAUUGAAUCGAGCUUGCGUCCGUAAUCGGUGCACCGAUCCUUGCAUAGGCACCUGUGGACAGAAUGCUAUUUGCAAUGUUUUCAAUCAUGUUCCAAUGUGCAGUUGUCCCUCUGGGAUGAGUGGCAAUGCCUUCGUCCUCUGUUCCCAAAUUCAAGAAGUAAUUCCGGAAACACCGUGCAGUCCGUCUCCAUGUGGUCCGAAUAGUCAAUGUAGGCCAAUCAAUGGCCAAGCUGUUUGUUCCUGUGUACCUGGCUACAUCGGGAGUCCCCCUUCGUGUAGACCAGAGUGCGUAGUCAGCUCGGACUGCGCCAGGAAUGAGGCAUGUAGCAACUUGAGGUGUGUGAACCCUUGCGUGGGAAGCUGUGGCGUCCGCGCACAGUGUCAAGUCAUCAAUCACAAUCCCGUAUGCAGUUGUCCUGCGCGAAUGUCAGGAGACCCAUUCGUUGGAUGCUUUCCUAUCACGGAAACCAAGCCAGAGAUCGUAAACGUAUGCCAACCAUCACCUUGCGGUCCUAACGCGGUAUGCCAGGUGGUAAACGACUCCCCGUCGUGCAGUUGCAUGCCAGGAUUUAUUAACUCCCCGCCGAAUUGCCGUCCCGAGUGUGUUAGCAAUAGUGAAUGCCCGGACCAUCAGGCUUGCAUCAAUCAAAAGUGUAGAGAUCCUUGUCCCGGAUCCUGUGGGUCGAACGCCGAGUGUCGCGUGGUCAGUCAUACACCCAUGUGCGUCUGCUCCAAUGGGUACACUGGCGACCCGUUCACGCAGUGCGUUCUAUUCGAAGAAUCGAGGCCAGUUUCUCCUUGCACUCCAUCACCCUGCGGUUCGAACGCGAUCUGUAAAGAGCAAAACGGUGUAGGAUCUUGCGCAUGUUUGCCCGAGUACAUCGGCAAUCCGUAUGAGGGAUGUCGACCGGAGUGUACCGUUAGCUCGGACUGUCCUUCGAACUUAGCGUGUAUCAGAAAUAGGUGUCAGAAUCCUUGUCCAGGAACCUGUGGACAAGACGCUGUUUGCCAAGUUAUCAAUCACACCCCCAUGUGCACUUGCAUUCCUGGUUUUACGGGAGAUCCAUUCAGAUUUUGCCAACUUAUGCGAGAACCUGACAAAGUCGAAGACCAAACAGAUCCGUGCGUUCCGUCGCCCUGCGGACCGAACAGUCAGUGUCGGGUCGUUUCCGGUAACGCGGUGUGCUCCUGCUUGCCAGAGUACACCGGAACUCCUCCCUCGUGUCGUCCGGAGUGCGUCGUCAGCUCGGACUGUCCUUCGAACCGUGCCUGCGUGAAUCAGAAAUGCGUGAACCCGUGUCCGCGACCCUGUGGACAGAAUACUAAUUGUCUAGUCGUAAAUCACAGUCCCAUUUGUACCUGCAGUCACAAUUAUUUCACUUUGAAUAACUUUUGUCAUUUAUCAUUUCUAUGGUUCAACCAAACUCAACCAGCGUUACCUGAUCUACCUCAAAACCCCUGCGUACCAUCCCCUUGCGGUCCGUACUCAGAAUGCCGAGAUAUCGGUGGCGCGCCUUCGUGUUCCUGUUUAGUUAAUUACUUCGGCAGCCCACCCAACUGUAGACCAGAAUGUACAGUGAACUCGGACUGUCCAAGCGACAGAGCGUGCAUCAGACAGAAAUGCACGGACCCCUGCCCUGGUUCCUGCGGCCUGUCCGCGCGAUGCACGGUUUUCAAUCACGUUCCAAUUUGCACCUGCAUAGAGGGAUUCACCGGCGAUCCUUUCAGCAGCUGCUCUCCCGCCCCGCCUGUCGCAACGGUACCCGAAGACCCAUGCAACCCUUCACCUUGCGGUCCCAAUGCACAAUGCAACGACGGUGUCUGCACAUGUCUAUCCGAGUAUCAGGGUGACCCUUACGUCGGUUGCCGACCGGAAUGUGUUUUAAAUACGGAUUGUCCCUUGAACAGAGCCUGUCUACGCAAUAAAUGCAUGGACCCUUGUACUGGCACUUGUGGUCAAAACGCGAUUUGUAAUGUAUAUAAUCAUAUACCAAUGUGCAGUUGUCCUGUUGGAAUGACGGGAAGCGCUUUCAUAUCUUGCAGCCCAUUCAGAGACCCUGUCGUGUCUAAUCCGUGUAAUCCAUCACCCUGUGGACCGAACAGUCAGUGCAGAGAGAUUAACGAGCAAGCCGUGUGCACUUGCAUUCUUGGUUUUGUCGGCAUUCCACCGACUUGCAGACCAGAGUGCGUGGUGAGCACGGAUUGCGGACCCACCGAAGCCUGUAUCAAUCAGAAAUGUAGCAACCCUUGUAUCGGCACUUGUGGAAUCCGGGCGACUUGUCAAGUAGUUAAUCAUAAUCCGAUUUGCAAUUGCCCUACUGGCAUGAUUGGCGAUCCCUUCGUCAGGUGUACGGAGAAACCAUUGGAAGCGCCACCGCAACAAAAUCCUUGCGUGCCGUCGCCCUGUGGGCCAAACGCGCAAUGUCAAGUAGUGAACGACUCCCCAUCGUGUUCUUGCUUACCAGAAUUCGUUAGUUCUCCUCCAAACUGUCGACCGGAGUGCGUCAGCAAUAGUGAAUGUCCGAGCAAUUUAGCUUGCAUCAAUCAAAGAUGUAGAGAUCCCUGCCCGGGCUCUUGUGGCGCGAAUGCCGAAUGCAAUAUCGUAUCCCAUACACCGAUGUGCUCUUGUUCUCAAGGAUUCACCGGAGAUCCGUUCACUCAAUGUGUUACUCAACAACUUAUACCAAUGUACAUGCCUGAACCUUGUGUACCAUCUCCUUGCGGUGCGAACGCACUCUGCAAAGAACGAAACGGAGUAGGUUCGUGUUCCUGCUUAGCAGGGUACAUAGGCAAUCCUUACGAGGGCUGCAGGCCGGAAUGCGUGAUAAACUCAGAUUGUGUACCAAGUAAAACUUGCAAUCGAUUCAAAUGCGAGGACCCAUGUCCCGGCACUUGUGGCCAGAACGCAGUUUGCCAAGUAGUGAAUCACGUGGCCACUUGUAACUGCUUGCCCCGAUACACCGGUGAUCCAUUCAGAUUUUGUAGAGAAGAGGAGAUAGUUACCUUGCCAAGUGUGGUGAAUCCCUGUCAACCAUCACCUUGCGGACCGAAUAGUGUCUGCAGAGAGAACAAUGGGCAAGCUGUAUGCUCCUGUUCGCCAAAUUUUAUCGGGUCACCCCCGUCAUGUAGGCCAGAAUGUGUAGUUAGCGCGGAAUGUGCUCCGAAUCGGGUUUGCGUUAACCAGAAGUGCGUUGACCCUUGCCCUGAUCCUUGUGGAAGGAACGCGGUUUGCAGAGUCAUCAACCGAAGUCCUAUUUGUUCCUGCCAGCCAGGUUUUACCGGGGACGCUUUCACCAUCUGUUUCCCCACCCCACGUCCGGAAGUUGCAACGCCCACGCAACAGGACCCUUGCCUGCCAUCCCCUUGCGGUCCCUACUCGCAGUGCCGCAAUGUUGGAGGGAACCCUUCCUGUUCCUGUUCAACCUCUUACAUUGGUAUCCCGCCUAAUUGUAGACCAGAAUGCACGAUCAAUGCGGAGUGCUCGAGUGCGCUCGCUUGCAUUCGCGAGAAGUGUUCCGAUCCUUGUCCAGGAUCUUGUGGAUUCGGCGCACGAUGCACUGUUCUCAAUCAUGUCCCGAUUUGUUCUUGUCCUGAAGGAUAUACGGGAGACCCCUUCAGCAAUUGCGUCCUCAGUCCCGUAAUACCCGAGGAACCGAUAUCAGACCCUUGCAACCCUUCACCAUGCGGUGCAAACGCACUCUGUCGCGACGGCACGUGCACGUGUCUCCCAGAAUUCCAAGGCGAUCCGUACACCGGAUGCCGCCCCGAGUGCGUAAUGAACAACGACUGCGCUCGCGACAGAGCUUGCAUGAGGAACAAAUGCGUGGACCCUUGUAUAGGAACAUGUGGACAAAACGCCCAAUGCCAAACAAUUAAUUACGUUCCUAUGUGCAGCUGUCCCGUGGGCAUGUCCGGAAAUGCUUUCGUUUCCUGUUCCCCCAUUCAGGAAGACGUAGCUCAGAAUCCUUGCAACCCUUCGCCCUGUGGACCAAAUAGUCACUGCCAGGAAGUGAACGGAAUCGCGGUUUGCAAGUGUAUAGAAGGUUUCACAGGCAAUCCGCCUACUUGUCGACCGGAAUGCGUGGUCAGUUCGGACUGCGAGCAGUCAAGAGCUUGUAUCAAUCAGAAAUGUAGAGACCCUUGUCCUGGAACAUGUGGUUUGAGGACGGAAUGCUCUGUGGUCAAUCACAAUCCCAUUUGCAGAUGUCCCGAAGGUCUGACUGGUGAUCCUUUCACUAGUUGUACUAUUAUAGUCGAAGAACCUCAGGAACCGGUUAACCCGUGCUACCCUUCGCCCUGCGGCCCGAACGCACAAUGUCAAGUCGUUAACCAAGCACCCUCGUGCUCGUGCUUACAAGAAUUUAUCGGAUCCCCACCGAACUGUAGACCUGAAUGCAUCAGCAAUAGCGAAUGUCCUAUUCGCGAAGCUUGCAUAAAUCAGAAAUGCAGAGAUCCCUGUCCAGGAUUAUGUGGAGCUAACGCUGAAUGUAGUAUGUUCAGUCACACCCCUAUUUGCUCCUGCACGACAGGAUUUACUGGAGAUCCUUUUGUUCAAUGCACUCCUGUUCAAAUUGCCGAAGAAAGACCUUCGCCUUGCACUCCGUCACCUUGCGGCGCGAACGCCGUUUGCAGGGCUUCAGGCACCGCAGGUGCUUGCACCUGCUUGCCUGAUUAUAUUGGAAACCCUUAUGAGGGUUGCAGACCAGAGUGUGUCGUGAAUUCCGACUGUCCUGCGAAUCUCGCGUGCGUCAGAUCGAAAUGUCAAGAUCCAUGCCCGGGCGCUUGUGGUCAAAAUGCUAUGUGCAAUGUCGUGAACCAUCUACCUAUGUGCACUUGCACGCAGGGCUAUACAGGGGAUCCGUUUAGAUAUUGCAGUCUCAAUCCGAUCAGUCAAGAAGAUGAAACGACAGACCCAUGCAACCCCUCACCCUGCGGACCGAACAGCGAAUGUCGCGUGAAUAAUAAUCAGGCGAUUUGUUCCUGUCGAUCUUCCUACCUCGGCACUCCACCUAAUUGUAGACCAGAGUGUGUGGCCAGCACCGAGUGUCCUCUGACUCGGGCCUGUGUGAACCAAAAAUGCGUAGACCCCUGCCCCAACUCGUGUGGCGUCAACGCCAAUUGCAGGAUCAUUAAUCACAGCCCAAUUUGCUUCUGCGAAAACGGAUUCACCGGUGACCCGUUCACCGCGUGUUUCCGUGCUCCUGCUCCGGUAGAAACACCUAUGGUACAAAAAGACCCUUGCUCGCCAUCACCCUGCGGUCCCAAUGCAAUCUGCCAAAACGUGGGUCAGACUCCAGCUUGCACGUGUUUGCAAAACUACCGUGGUAGUCCGCCAUACUGUAGACCAGAGUGUACAAUUAAUUCCGAAUGUCCUAGCAAUCAAGCUUGCAUCCAGGAGAGAUGCAGAGAUCCUUGCCCAGGUUCUUGCGGUUUCAAUGCCCGGUGUACAGUGUUCAAUCACGUUCCCAUGUGUUCGUGUAUCGAAGGGUACACCGGCGAUCCGUUCAGUCAAUGCAAUCAACAGAUCAACCCUCCUGAACCGUCGGAAGUAGAUUUGUGCAACCCAUCUCCCUGUGGACCGAACGCUCAAUGCGACAAUGGAAUUUGCUCUUGCAUGCCCAAUUAUUUUGGAGACUCCAAUUUCGGUUGUCGACCAGAGUGCGUGCUCAACACCGAUUGUCCUCGGGACAGAGCUUGUGUGAGGAACAAGUGUGAAGAUCCUUGUGUCGGCACUUGUGCGAGUAACGCAAUUUGCAAUGUUGUUAAUCACGUGCCGAUGUGCAGCUGCCCAGUCGGCUUCGAGGGAAACGCGUUCGCAUUCUGUCGACCAGCUAUAGCCGAUGUUCCAUCCAACCCGUGCAGCCCGUCACCCUGCGGACCGAACAGUAGAUGUAGAUCGAAUAACGGCCAAGCAAUAUGUAGUUGUGUGCCAGGUUAUUUAGGAAAUCCGCCUAACUGUCGUCCAGAGUGUAUAGUCAAUUCAGAGUGCCCACAAAAUGAAAUUUGUACAAAUCAAAAAUGUAGAAAUCCUUGCAUCGGGACCUGCGGUUUAGGUGCUCGUUGCACAGUUGCAAAUCGCAAUCCCAUUUGCCACUGUCCGGAAGGAUUCACGGGUGAUCCAUUCGUUAGAUGCCUUCCACCUCCACCAGUUCCAACGGAACCGAUAAACGUUUGCCAACCGUCACCCUGUGGACCCAAUGCUCAGUGUCAGAUAGCAGGAAACUCACCCUCUUGCUCCUGUUUACCCGAUUUCAUCGGUUCGCCACCGAAUUGCAGGCCUGAGUGCGUCAGCAAUAGCGAGUGUCCUAAUAGUCAAGCAUGCGUGAACCAAAAAUGCAGAGAUCCUUGCCCCGGGUCCUGUGGAACUAAUGCUCAGUGUCGAACUGUCAGCCAUACGCCAAUGUGUUACUGUGAUAAUGGAUACACCGGCGAUCCUUUCACUCAAUGCAUUAUUAGACCCAUUGAGGCCACCCAAGUGCAAGUGAAUCCCUGUUUACCCUCCCCUUGCGGAUCGAACGCGAGAUGCACAGAGAGAAACGAUGCAGGCUCUUGCACCUGCCUUCCGGGUUACGUGGGAAAUCCUUACGACGGAUGUAGACCAGAAUGCGUUCUAGACUCUGACUGUUCACCUAAUCGAGCUUGUAUCAAUUCUAAAUGCGUUGACCCGUGCCCGGGAACGUGUGGUACCAACGCAGAGUGUCGAAUUAUUAAUCACCGAGCUACUUGCUCUUGCUUUACUGGUUACACUGGUGACCCUUAUCGAUACUGUUCCGUCCAACCCAUUGUUUCUGAUGCCCCGAAAGACCCUUGUGGAAAUGCUCAGUGCGGUCCAAAUAGCCAGUGCAGAGUGAUAAACGAAGUAGCUGUUUGCUCUUGCACGCCGGGCUACGUUGGCACGCCACCGGGUUGUAGACCCGAGUGUGUCACUAGUUCAGAAUGCGCCUCGGACAGAGCUUGCGUGAGGCAGAAGUGUACGAACCCGUGCCCUGCUUCCUGCGGACAGAAUUCUAAUUGCAGGGUGAUCAAUCACGCGCCUCUUUGCAGUUGCAUGGGAGGCUACACCGGUGAUCCGUUCACUGUGUGUUUCCCCAUCCCGUUGACACCACCCGUUCAGAACGACGUCAUUCCAAAAGAUCCGUGCAUUCCAUCCCCAUGUGGCGCCUAUUCGGAAUGUCGCAACAUCGGCGGUAUACCGUCUUGUUCUUGCUUAGCUACAUACACUGGAAGUCCUCCAAAUUGUAGACCAGAAUGUAACAUAAACUCGGACUGUGCCCCCAACCAAGCCUGUAUGAAUCAAAAAUGUAGAGACCCUUGCCCUGGAUCCUGUGCAUCUCAAGCUCAAUGCACUGUUAUCAAUCACGUCCCCACUUGCUCAUGCCUGCCCGGUUACACCGGAGACCCGUUCACCAAUUGCUUCCUCGAACCACCUCGUCCGGUUGAAACUGACCCGUGCAAUCCUUCGCCUUGCGGACCGAACGCACGUUGUGACAACGGCAUUUGCAGUUGUUUGUCGGAAUAUUUCGGCGAUCCGUACACGGGUUGCAGACCGGAAUGCGUUCUCAGCAACGAAUGUCCAACGAACAGAGCGUGUAUUGUAUACAAAUGCGUCGACCCGUGCGUCGGUAUUUGCGGACAGAAUGCAUUGUGCAACGUUUUCAACCACGUUCCCAUGUGCAGUUGUCCCAUGGGAAUGUCCGGCAAUGCUUUCAUACUCUGUUCACCCGUCCAAGUAACUACUGUGAGCGAUCCUUGCAAUCCGUCACCUUGUGGUCCCAAUAGCCAAUGCAGGCAAAACAAUAUGCAAGCUGUGUGCUCCUGCAUAGACGGAUACAUCGGCGCUCCGCCUACUUGUAGACCAGAAUGCACGGUUAGCUCGGACUGUCCACUAAACGAAGCUUGUACAAACCAAAGAUGUAGUAAUCCUUGUCCUGGAAGCUGUGGACUGAACGCGAUUUGCAACGUCGUGAACCAUAAUCCCGUGUGUUCAUGUAGAGAAAGACUGACCGGUGACCCAUUCGUCAGAUGUUAUCCAAUGCCUGAGAGGCCUCCGAUUCCCACCAACCCCUGUCAGCCGUCCCCUUGUGGACCAAACGCGGAAUGUCAAGCAAUAAAUGAUCAACCGUCUUGUUCUUGCCUCCAAGAAUUCAUUGGCUCACCCCCUAAUUGCCGACCCGAAUGCGUCAGUAAUAGCGAGUGUCCCAACCAAUUCGCGUGCAUCAAUCGAAAAUGUAGUGAUCCUUGUAUUAAUUCCUGUGGAUUGAAUGCAAUUUGCAACGUCGUCAGUCACACACCGAUGUGCGCUUGCAACGAUGGGUACAUAGGAGAUCCGUUUACCCAGUGUAAUCCUCAACAAUUCGACGUUCAAGUUAGCAGACCAGAUCCUUGCACUCCGUCUCCCUGUGGGGCGAAUGCAAUCUGCAGGGUGCAACAAAACUCUGCUUCCUGUUCCUGUCAGAACGACUAUAUUGGGAAUCCUUACGAGGGCUGCAGACCUGAAUGUACCCUUAGUUCGGACUGUCCGACCAAUCAGGCGUGUAUCAGGUCAAAGUGUAGGGACCCUUGUCCAGGCACUUGUGGCCAGAACGCCCAAUGUUACGUUGUCAAUCACGCGGCUACGUGUACCUGCUUUGAACGGCACACCGGUGAUCCCUUUGUGUACUGUACUCCUCUGAGAGAGCCACAACCAAAUCUAGCCAAUCCUUGCGAGCCAUCGCCUUGCGGACCUUACAGUCAAUGUAGAGAGUCCAAUGGCCAAGCUACGUGUUCUUGCUUGCCAAAUUACACCGGCACUCCUCCCAAUUGUCGACCAGAGUGUACAGUCAGCUCCGACUGCCCGUUGAACCGUGCCUGCAGGAAUAAUAAAUGCGAGGAUCCUUGUCCCAACUCUUGCGGUCAACAGAGCACGUGCAGAGUCAUGAACCACAGUCCAAUUUGUAGUUGCAAGCCAGGAUUCACUGGCGAUCCCUUCACUCAAUGCUUCUUCAAUCCACCCCCACUGGUAGAGACGCCGACAGAUCCCUGUAUAAACUCACCCUGCGGACCGAACUCCCAAUGUCGCAACAUUAACGGCUCCCCGUCGUGUUCUUGUUCACCUAAUUACCUUGGCGUCCCACCAAACUGUCGCCCAGAAUGCGUAGUCAACACAGACUGUCCCAGGAACCAAGCGUGUAUCCGUGAAAGGUGUCAGGAUCCUUGCCCAGGGUCCUGUGGAAUUAAUAGCAUCUGCGCGGUCCACAAUCACGUCCCUGUUUGCACGUGUUUGGAAGGAUACACCGGCGAUCCUUUUACUAGUUGCCAACCCAAACCGAUGAUAGCGGAAGAGCCGGUAGUAGACCCUUGCAGCAGCUCGCCUUGUGGCCCCAACGCUCAAUGUAAUAAUGGCCUGUGCUCCUGUCUACCUGAAUACUUUGGAGACCCUUAUAUUGGUUGCCGACCGGAAUGCGUUUUGAGCACAGACUGUCCCAACGAUAAAGCGUGUAUUAGAAAUAAAUGCGUGGACCCUUGCCCGGGAGCUUGUGGUCAAAACGCGGUCUGCAAUAUUAUCAAUCAUAUACCAAUGUGCAGUUGCCCUCCAAAUACCAAUGGAAACGCUUUAAUCGUGUGUUCUCCUAUCCGAGUUCCUACGACGACGAGACCUUGCAACCCGUCCCCCUGCGGCCCGAACAGCAUAUGUAGAGAGGUGAACGAUCAAGCGGUGUGCACAUGUGCCCCAGAAUACCUUGGAACCCCGCCACUGUGUAGACCUGAAUGCACGAUCAGUGCAGAUUGCCGCAAGGAUCAAGCUUGCGUCAACCAGAAAUGUAGAAAUCCGUGUCCAGGAACGUGCGGUGUCCAGGCCAGCUGUUUGGUCGUCAACCAUAAUCCCAUUUGCUCUUGUCCGGAACGAUAUACUGGAGAUCCCUUCAUCCGAUGCGAAAUGAUCAAGGAAGUAAUAGUACCCACGAACCCUUGUCAGCCGUCACCCUGCGGUCCAUAUUCUCAGUGUCAAGUGACCAACGACACCCCGUCCUGUAGCUGCCUGCCCGAGUACACAGGCGUCCCGCCCAACUGCAAACCCGAGUGCAUAUCGAACCCCGAGUGCCCCAGCCACCAAACCUGCGUGCGACAGAAAUGCAGGGACCCGUGCCCGGGUCUCUGCGGCGAGAGUGCUGAAUGCCACGUGACUUACCACGUGCCCAACUGCGUUUGCCCGAACGGUUUCACCGGCGAUCCUUACACUCGUUGCACGAUAAUAACUCGCGACCCAGUUCAACCGUCGCCCUGCGCGGAAGGCGCUUGCGGCUCAAACGCGCUUUGCAGAGAACGAGACGGUCUCGGCGUUUGCUAUUGCCCCUCUGAAUACGUCGGCAAUCCGUACGUAGGCUGUAGACCCGAGUGCGUGAUUAACCCUGAUUGUCCGACGAAUCGAAUGUGCGUCCGAAACAAAUGCCAAGACCCGUGCCCCGGUACCUGCGGUCAAAACGCCGAAUGCUCGGUAGUUAAUCAUCAACCGUUCUGCAAUUGCCGGCCAGGAUUCACUGGCGACCCAUUUGUCGUGUGCAGCAUGGAUAUAAUAGUUCCCAGUAAAGAGAACGUAUGUAGCCCGUCACCCUGCGGCCCGAACAGUCAAUGCAAAGAGAUAUCCGGGCAAGCCGUGUGCUCGUGUCUCCCGACGUACGUAGGCACACCUCCUGGAUGUCGACCCGAGUGCGUAUCCAGCUCCGAGUGCCCCACCCAGCUUGCGUGCAAAGACUACAAAUGCGUGAACCCGUGCCCGAGCCCCUGCGGCCUGAACACCAAAUGUGUAGUCGUGAACCACAGCCCCAUAUGCAGUUGCAUGCCCGGAUACAGCGGAGAUCCUUUCACCAUUUGCUCACAGAUACCACCUGUGACCCCCGGUCCAACGGAAAAAGACCCUUGCGUGCCAUCUCCUUGCGGUAGCUUCGCCCAAUGCAGGAACAUACGUGAUUCCGCUGCUUGUAGCUGCUUGGAAGGCUAUACAGGCCAGCCUCCGAACUGUAGACCCGAGUGUACGAUCAAUUCCGAGUGCCAGAGCGACAUGGCCUGCAUCACAAUGAAAUGCAGAGACCCUUGCCCAGGCUCCUGCGGUUCCGGCGCGACCUGCGCCGUGGUUAAUCACAUUCCCGUGUGCAAUUGCCCCGAAGGUUUCACAGGAAACCCGUUCACCUCGUGCCAAUUAUUGCCAGCCACACCGGCUCCGGUGGAGGACGAAUGUACCCCGUCACCCUGUGGUCCCAAUGCCGAGUGCAUAAACGGUGUUUGCACGUGCCUGUCCGAGUUCCAAGGAAACCCGUACCUAGGAUGUCGACCUGAAUGCGUUCUAAACGCGGAUUGUCCCCGAGACAGGGCCUGCUUGCGUAACAAGUGCAUGGAUCCCUGCCCUGGAACCUGUGGCGUAAAUGCUAACUGUCUGGUUAUCAAUCACGUGCCCAUGUGCAGCUGCCCUGGAAACAUGACUGGAAACGCGUUCAGUCAAUGUAACCCUCUGCAAGAUAUGACACCCACCAACCCGUGUAGCCCGACACCCUGCGGAUCCAAUAGCGAGUGCAGAGUAGUAAACGGUCAGGCUGUGUGCUCUUGCAUCCGUGGAUUUUUAGGAAGCCCGCCCACCUGUAGACCCGAGUGCGUAGUGAGCACAGACUGUCCGCAGAACGAGGCCUGUUCCAAUCAGAGGUGUAUGAACCCUUGUCCAGGAACCUGCGGAAUCGGAGCCAAGUGCAAUGUCGUCAAUCAUAAUCCCAUCUGCAGCUGUCCCGUCCGUUACACCGGCGAUCCGUUUAUCCAGUGCAUACCUUUCUUGGAAGAACCAGUAGUAGACCCUUGCCAACCAUCACCCUGCGGCCCGAAUUCUCAGUGUCAAGUGAUCAACGACUCUCCCUCGUGCUCCUGUUUACCCGGCUUUUCUAGCAGUCCUCCCAACUGUCGCCCAGAAUGCGUCAGCAACAGCGAGUGCCCUACUCAAUUGGCCUGCAUCAAUCAGAAGUGUAGAGACCCGUGCACAGGAUCUUGCGGAGCCGGUGCCAACUGUUACGUUGUCAGUCACACCCCUAUGUGCACAUGUCUGAACGGUUACACGGGUGAUCCCUUCACCCAAUGCGUUUUCAAAGAACCGACAGUUAUUCCUAUGUCCGUCGACCCGUGCAAUCCAUCCCCUUGCGGCUCGAACGCCGUUUGCAAAGAACUGAACGGUGCAGGAUCGUGCACCUGCAUUUCUAAUUAUAUUGGAAACCCGUACGAAGGAUGUCGACCGGAAUGUCUUCUGAAUUCCGAUUGCCCCGCCAAUCAAGCUUGCAUGAAUAACAAAUGCAGAGACCCUUGCCCUGGAACCUGUGGUCGCAACGCAGAAUGUCACGUUGUAAAUCAUUUACCGGUGUGCGAAUGCUAUCCUAGGUUCACCGGAAACGCGUUCGUUCUCUGUUCACCCAUGCCAGAAGUUGAUCAAGCGAUAAGUCGCCCCUGUAAUCCAUCCCCCUGCGGGCCCAACAGUCAAUGCAGAGCGAUCAAUGGCCAAUCGGUUUGCUCUUGUCUACCCGAUUUGAUCGGCAGCCCACCGUAUUGUAGACCCGAAUGCACGGGCAGCGCCGAGUGUGCCCCGAAUCUGGCUUGUAUCAAUCAGAAAUGCAGCAACCCUUGCCCCGGAUCGUGUGGCUCGAACACGAGAUGCGAAACGAUCAAUCAUAAUGCUAUAUGCGCUUGCCAACCCGGUUUCACUGGUGACCCACUCGUUGCAUGUUUCGACUUGAUAAUGGAUAAACCUUCACCUAACGUGCCAUCAUACGUAAACCCCUGCGUACCAUCUCCCUGUGGGCCCUAUUCCGAAUGUCGCGAUAUAAACGGUCAAGCAUCAUGUGCCUGUUCGUCAGAUUACAUGGGAACACCGCCGAAUUGCAGGCCAGAGUGUGUACGAAAUUCAGAAUGUCCUAGUAAUCAAGCUUGCAUUCAGAGGAAGUGUCGUUACCCUUGCGAAGGAGUUUGCGGUGUAGGCGCCCAGUGUUCUGUGAUAAAUCACACGCCUAUUUGCACGUGCCCCGAAGGAUUUUCUGGAGAUCCUUUCACUAGAUGCUCGCCCGCUCCAGUGAUAGAAAUGGAUAGACCUGUGGAUUCUUGUGCAAAUUGUGGCGCGAACACUCAGUGUCUCGGCGGAGUUUGCACCUGUUUGCCAGAGUAUCAGGGAGACCCUUAUCAGGGCUGCCGUCCAGAAUGCGUUCUCAAUAUGGAUUGCCCCAGAGAUCGCGCUUGUAUCAGGAACAAGUGUAACGACCCGUGCGCUGGUACUUGUGGCCAGAACGCCUUGUGCUCCAUCGUGAAUCAUAUCCCGAUUUGUACCUGCCCGCCCGGAACUUCAGGAAACGCAUUCGUAAUUUGCUCUACCGUUCAAGUACAAACGCCCAAAGACCCGUGCAACCCGUCACCCUGCGGACCAAAUAGUCAGUGCAGGAAGAUAAACGAUCAAGCUGUCUGCUCUUGCAUCCCUGGUUACUUGGACAUGCCACCGAAUUGCCGUCCCGAAUGUAUUCUUAGCUCGGACUGUCCUUCGAAUAUGGCUUGUAACAAUCAGAAAUGCGUGGAUCCCUGUCCAGGAACUUGCGGAAUCAGAGCAGAAUGCGUGGUCGUUAAUCACAAUCCAAUCUGUAGCUGCCCGUCCGACCUAACUGGCGAUCCCUUCACUACGUGUGUCAGGAGACCUGAAGAACCUCAGGUAACGAACUCAUGCUUGCCGUCUCCUUGCGGCCCGAACAGUCGCUGCCAAGUGAUAAACAAUUCUCCAUCAUGUUCCUGUCUACCCGAAUUCCUCGGUUCCCCACCGAACUGUAAACCAGAGUGCGUCAGCAAUAGCGAGUGCGCCACUAACUUAGCUUGCAUAAAUCAAAAAUGUCGUGAUCCAUGCCCUGGUUCUUGCGGUGCAAAUUCCGAGUGCCGAGUGGUCAGUCAUACACCUAUGUGCGUUUGUUCUUACGGCUUCGUUGGCGACCCGUUCGUCCAAUGUUUUGCAAGACCAGAAGUUAUGACGGAAGACGUGGAGCAACCAACCCCAUGCAUUCCAUCCCCUUGUGGUUCGAACGCUAGGUGCAACGAAUUAAACGGCGCAGCUUCUUGCACUUGUCUUCCGGAUUACAUUGGCAAUCCUUACGAAGGUUGCCGACCGGAAUGCAUCAUCAAUUCUGACUGUACAGCCGAUCAGGCUUGCAUCAGGUCCAAAUGUCAGAACCCUUGUCCAGGGUUCUGCGGUUUUAACGCUGUCUGCCAAGUCAUCAAUCACGCACCGAUGUGCACUUGUCAAUUCGGAUACACCGGAGAUCCGUUCGGACAGUGCAACGUCGUUCAAGAACUGCCGAAACCAGCAGAUCCGUGCAAUCCGUCUCCAUGUGGCUUGAACAGUCAAUGUCGGGAGUCCAAUGGGCAAGCUAUUUGUUCGUGUCUGCCUACGUUCUUGGGUAGCCCACCGAUCUGCCGGGCAGAGUGUAUAGCCAGCUCGGACUGUGCCACGAAUCGCGCGUGCAAGAACCGCAAAUGCGUGGACCCUUGCCCCGGAGUCUGUGGCAUCAACGCGAGAUGCGAGACGAUCAAUCACAGCCCGAUUUGUAGUUGCAAUUCAGGACAUACCGGCGAUCCGUUCGUUAGAUGUUUCCGAGUUCCUAUUCCAGCCGAACCAGUGAACCCAUGUGUACCUUCACCCUGUGGCCCGUUCUCUAUAUGCCGCGUUCUUACGGAAACUCCCAGCUGUUCUUGCAUGGACAAUUACAUAGGAUCACCGCCGAACUGUCGACCAGAAUGUACUAUAGAUUCGGAAUGCGCCAGUAACAGAGCUUGUCUCCGGCAGAAGUGUACAGACCCUUGUCCAGGUUCAUGUGGCACGGGAGCUCAGUGCUUAGUAGUGAACCACAUGGCAGUAUGCAUUUGUCCUCAGGGUUACACUGGCGAUCCGUUUGUCAAUUGCUUCUUGGAAUCUCCUCCUUCACCACCGGUUCCCCAAGACGCUUGCAAUCCUUCACCGUGCGGUUCCAAUGCGGUUUGUCGCGAUGGUACUUGCACUUGUAUACCGGACUACCGAGGAGAUCCAUACUAUGGCUGUCGACCAGAAUGCGUUCAGAAUCCAGAUUGUCCUUUGGAUAGGGCCUGUAACCGCAACAGGUGUUUCGACCCUUGCACUGGUGUUUGCGGUCAGAACGCUGAGUGCGUGGUCAUAAAUCACACACCUAUGUGCAACUGUCCCGAUGGCAUGUCCGGAAACGCAUUCACCGCGUGUUAUCCGGUUAUGGACCCAAUAGUAGCAGAACCCUGCAAUCCGUCACCCUGUGGUCCGAAUAGUAGGUGUCAAAACAUCGGCGGGCAAGCUGUCUGCUCCUGUGCCUCCGAUUAUAUCGGGAGCCCUCCUGCCUGUCGACCAGAGUGUCUAGUCAACAGCGACUGUCCUUUGAACGAGGCCUGUGUCAAUCUGAAGUGUAGGGAUCCGUGUCCAGGGUCUUGCGGAGUGUCAGCCAGAUGUCAAGUGGUCAAUCACAAUCCCAUUUGCAGUUGUCCACCAGUAUUCACCGGCGAUCCUUUCGUGCGCUGUUUCCCGAGACCCGAGGAACCCGUGCAACCGACGAACCCAUGUGAACCAUCACCCUGCGGUCCUAAUUCGUUCUGUCAAGUGAUCAACGAUUCUCCAUCGUGUACGUGCAGGCCGGAGUUCAUUGGAGCUCCUCCAAAUUGUAGACCUGAGUGCGUCAGCAACAGCGAGUGUGGCAGUCAAUUAGCGUGCAUCAACCGGAAAUGCAGAGACCCUUGUCCUGGUUCCUGCGGAUCGAACGCCGAGUGCCGUGUCGUGAAUCACGUCCCCGCGUGCACUUGCGCGAAGGACUACACGGGAGAUCCUUUCGUUCAAUGCAUUCUCAGGCAACCGACGACGAUGACUCCAGUCCGGCCUUGUCAGCCGUCACCGUGCGGAGCUAAUGCCAUUUGCCGAGAGCAGAAUGGCCUCAGCUCCUGCACCUGCCUACUCGAGUACAUCGGCAAUCCAUAUGAAGGAUGCCGACCGGAAUGCACUCGAUCGACAGACUGUCCUUCUCAUCUGGCUUGCAUUAGAUCGAAAUGCCAGAAUCCUUGUCCCGGUUCCUGCGGUGCGAACACCAAUUGUCAGGUGGUGAACAAUCUACCUGUGUGCACUUGUAUACCUCAAUACACCGGUGAUCCUUACGUAAACUGCGCGUACAAAAUUCCGACACUUGAAGAAAAAGACAGGGACGUGUGCCAACCGUCCCCCUGCGGUCCAAACAGCCAAUGCCAGAACGUGAAUGGUCAAGCAGUAUGCUCCUGUUUACCUCAAUACGUAGGAACUCCUCCAAACUGCAGGCCUGAAUGCGUAGUCAACUCGGAAUGCAAUUCGAAUUUGGCUUGCGUCAACCAGAAGUGUAGAGAUCCUUGCCCAGGCACCUGUGGUCGCAACGCUCGAUGUAAGGUCGUUCAUCACAGCCCCAUUUGCAGCUGCGGACAGGAUUUAACAGGAGAUCCAUUCGUUUACUGCUUCGCUUUACCAACACCGAAACCGGAAGAUCAGUACCCGAAAGACCCAUGCGUUCCGUCUCCCUGUGGACCGAACGCGAUGUGCAAAGCGAUUGGUGACACCCCAGUGUGCACAUGCAUAAACAACUACAUCGGAAUGCCACCUAAUUGUCGACCGGAGUGUUCGAUAAAUUCAGAUUGCACAGCGAACAGAGCUUGCAUUCGAGAGAAGUGCAGAGAUCCUUGCCCAGGGUCCUGCGGCUUGAACGCCCGUUGCACGAUCGUCAACCACACGCCAGCUUGCACCUGUCCGGAAGGAUACACCGGUGAUCCUUUCACCAGUUGCUCACCAAACCCUCCACCAUCCAUCAUGGAAUCUCCAUCGGAUCCGUGCAACCCAUCACCCUGCGGACCAAACGCGCAGUGCGAUAACGGUGCCUGUAGUUGUAUACCCGGUUACUUGGGAGACCCGUACACCAUUUGUCGUCCCGAGUGCGUUAUAAACACGGACUGUCCUCGGAACGAAGCUUGCAUACUGCACAAAUGCAGAAAUCCAUGCGUGGGAACUUGCGGACUGAGCGCUGAGUGCAAUGUAAUCAAUCAUCUACCUAUGUGCAGCUGUCCGAGAGAUACGACAGGCAAUGCUUUCGUUUCGUGUAGCCCAUUCCAAGAAACGAGUACAACCGACCCGUGCAAUCCAUCGCCGUGCGGUCCGAACAGCCACUGCCGAUCCUCCAAUGGUCAAGCCGUAUGCAGCUGCGUGACUGGAUUCAAGGGUGUACCACCGUCCUGUAGACCAGAGUGCAUAGUCAGCUCUGAUUGUCCUCGCAACCGAGCUUGCAGCAAUCAGAAAUGCAUAGACCCUUGCCUCGGUGCUUGCGGAUUGUCCGCGCAGUGUUCCGUGAUCAAUCACAAUCCCGUGUGCAGCUGCUUCGAGCAGUACACCGGGGACCCAUUCGUUCAAUGCGUCCCACAAACAAAAGAGCCAGAAGUCCCGGUAAACCCCUGCCAACCAUCACCCUGCGGCCCGAAUGCCCAAUGCCGCGUGAUCAACGGCGCACCCUCUUGUUCCUGUCUGCCUGAAUUCACGGGCACCCCGCCAAACUGCAAACCCGAGUGCGUGAGCAACACCGAAUGCCCGACGAGCCAAGCUUGCAUCAAUCAGAGAUGCAGAGACCCGUGCCCCGGUUCCUGCGGCAGGAACACUGAAUGCAGGACGAUAAGCCACACCCCCAUGUGCACUUGCGUUAAUUCAUUCACAGGAAACCCGUUCGUACAAUGCACACCCCAACCAAUUGAAGAUAUUCCAGAAAAAACAAACCCGUGUCAGCCGUCCCCCUGCGGUCCAAACGCCGUUUGCCGCGAGUCUUACGGCUCUGCCCAAUGCACCUGUUUACCCGAUUUCUACGGCAACCCAUACGAAAAUUGUAGACCAGAAUGUCUUAUCAAUUCCGAUUGUCCGUUUAACCGAGCUUGCAUAAGGAACAAGUGUCAGGAUCCCUGUCCCGGCACCUGCGGCUUCAAUGCCGAGUGCCAGGUGGUCAAUCACAUCCCGGCAUGCAGUUGCAGUUCAGGUUACACCGGCGAUCCGUUUAGAUAUUGCAAUCUACUACUUCAACAGGAGCCUCCUGUACCAAGCUCCAACCCAUGCGAACCAUCACCCUGCGGACCCAACAGCCAGUGCCGCAACUUGAACGGUCAAGCCAGUUGCUCCUGUUUGCCCGAUUUUAAAGGCACUCCGCCCAGAUGUAGACCAGAGUGCGUAGUGAGCUCGGAGUGCCCCAGUAAUAGGGCUUGCGUGAAUCAGAAAUGUAUUGACCCUUGCCCCGGUGUCUGCGGAAUCGACGCGAGGUGUGAGACUUUCCAUCACAGCCCCAUUUGUAGCUGCGGCGUCGAUCAGACGGGAGAUCCAUUCGUAAAAUGCUUUGACGUUACCACAACUGGUCCUCUUGUACCCGUGAACCCCUGCGUUCCGUCGCCCUGCGGCCCGUUCUCGCAAUGCCAAUAUUCAGGAGGUGUUCCAUCCUGCUCCUGCUUACCAAAUUACGUAGGCUCGGCACCCAAUUGUAGACCGGAGUGUACCAUUAACUCGGACUGCACCAGUGACAAGGCUUGCGUCAGAGAGAAGUGCAGAGACCCGUGCCCUGGUUCUUGUGGAACAAAUGCCCUGUGCACUGUUAUCAAUCACACGCCUGCGUGCACUUGCCCCAGAGACUAUACCGGAGACCCGUUCACCAAUUGCCGUUUCAUGCCCACGUCGGUACUCCCAGCAUCCUCAGACCCGUGCAACCCGUCACCCUGUGGACCCAAUGCUCUCUGCACCGGAGACGGUGUAUGCAGUUGCAUGAACGAUUACCGUGGUGAUCCUUAUCAAGGCUGCAGACCAGAAUGUGUUCAGAAUUCUGAUUGCAAUUACAACAGAGCUUGCUCCAACAAUAAAUGCGUGGAUCCGUGCGUAGGAAUCUGUGGCCAGAACGCUGAGUGCGUUGUCGUGAACCAUAUUCCCACGUGCAGUUGUGUGCGAGACUUUGAAGGAGAUCCGUUCGCCCUCUGUAGACCCGUUCAAAAACGCGUGAAACCGUGCGAACCCUCGCCUUGCGGACCCAACAGCAUUUGCCGCGAGUUCGGCGAACAAGCGUCCUGCUCCUGCCUCCCUGGAUACUUCGGAACUCCACCCAGCUGCAGACCCGAGUGUCUGGUCAACUCUGACUGCGAGCAGAGCAGAGCUUGCGUGAACGAGCGUUGCCAAAACCCCUGCGAGAACGCUUGCGGUCAGGGUGCACUGUGCACCGUGCGAAAUCACAACCCUAUUUGCAGUUGCCCCGUUCAGUAUUCCGGUGAUCCGUUCGUCAGCUGUUUCCCCAUGAAACCGCAAUACGAAGAACCCAGCCAGGACCCGUGCAAACCCUCGCCAUGUGGACCGAACUCCCAAUGCACAGUGUCGUCAGAUAAUAAAGCCUCCUGUGCCUGUAUGCCCGAGUUCGUAGGCUCGCCUCCCAACUGUAGACCCGAAUGCCUUGUGAACAGCGAGUGCCCCGGAAAUCGAGCCUGCGUUAAGCAGAAGUGUACCGAUCCCUGUUCCGGACUCUGCGGCGCUAAUGCGCUCUGCCAAGUCACCCUGCAUUACAUCCGUUGCGCGUGUCCCGAGGGAUACACCGGGGACCCAUUCACUGUUUGUUCCGUGGCCAAGACACCCGAGCCGCGACCAGUGCCGUCGAGACCGUGCAGUCCUUCACCUUGCGGAGUCAAUGCCUAUUGUAGAGAGAGGUAUAACACCGCGUACUGUGAGUGUCUGCCGGACUUCAGAGGAAAUCCAUACGAAGGUUGUCAACCGGAGUGUUUGGUGAACACCGAGUGUCCGAAGUCUCAGGCUUGCAUCAGGACCAAGUGCCAGGAUCCUUGUCCUGGUACUUGCGGCGUGGGAGCAAUCUGCACCGUGUCCAAUCACAUUCCCAUCUGCUCUUGCCCAGCACCUACCAUUGGAGACGCGUUCACAAUUUGUCAAGCCGUUGCCGAAGGUCCCAAAGAAACGGAUCCUUGUUCGCCAUCUCCAUGCGGACCGAAUACGAUCUGCGAUAAGGUGGGCGACACAGCCGUCUGCAAGUGCCUACCCGGUCUUCAAGGAAUACCCUCGAGCAUCACAGGUUGUCAUCCAGAGUGCGUAAUCAGUUCGGACUGUCCCGGAGACAAGGCGUGCAUCAAUAAUAAAUGCAUCAACCCCUGUUCGCAAAACGUGUGCGGUAUCAAGGCUGUUUGCAAAGCGAUCAAUCAUAGUCCGCUAUGCAGCUGCCCGACCCCGUUAAUUGGAAAUCCAUUCGAGGAAUGUUACACGAAAAUUGAAAUUGACCCCUGCAAUCCAUCUCCGUGCACUUAUAACGGCGAGUGCAGAGUCAGAAACGGUGUCGCGGUGUGUAUUUACCCGGAAUGCGUUAUCAAUUCCGAUUGUCCUCGAGACAGAGCUUGCUUCGCGCAAAGGUGCAAAGACCCUUGCAUCGGCGCUUGCGGAGUCAACUCGCUUUGUCAGACCGUGAACCACAAGCCCGUCUGCUCGUGUCCGCCUGGAUUCACUGGAAAUGCUCGAAUACAGUGCAUGAUUCCAACUGUUGAAGAACCAGUUCCGGAGUGUAUUCAAAAUUCGGAAUGCCCGAACGAUAAGACUUGUUACAACCAGAAAUGCAUCGACCCUUGCACUCUCGAUUCGUGUGGCUACAACAGCCGCUGCCACGUGCAACUCCACCGAGCUGUAUGCGUUUGCAACGAAGGCUUCACCGGCAGUCCUCAUCAAUACUGUGGCGCAAUUGGUUGCCGAGGGGAUAGUGAGUGUCCGUUGACGCAGUCCUGUAUAAACAACGAGUGCGUGGACGCUUGUUCCGUUACGCAGUGCGGCGUCAACGCACUAUGCAGAUCCGACGGCUUCCAUAGGCCAAGGUGUUACUGUCUGGAUGGUUACCUAGGAAAUCCAUAUCAAGGAUGCGAGAGGCCAGAAUGCACUAGCGACAAUGACUGUCCAACUUCGUUGGCGUGUCGUGAUUCGAGAUGCGUGAAUCCUUGCAACUGUCCACCCGCAGCGCAGUGUUCAGUGAUCAAUCAUCGCGCAAGCUGCCGAUGUCCACCGGGUUACACGGGUGAUCCGUACACCUCGUGUCUAAUGGAACCGAUUGACUUGCAGCCGCAGUGCAGGGUUGACGGUGACUGUCCGAGUAAACUGGGCUGUUUCAAUGGAGUUUGCAAAGAUCCAUGCGUGGAGAUAAAACCCUGCAUCGCUGGUGCCAAGUGUUCCGUCGUGAAUACUUUGCCAAUGAGAACUAUGGUCUGCGAGUGUCUACCGAAUUACGCAGGCGACGCGACUGUUGCUUGCAUUCCAGUGGACAAACAAAUCGAGGCGAUCUGCAAAACCGAUUCGCAAUGCGCUACCAAUACGGUUUGCCUGAACGAGAAAUGUAUCAACCCGUGCAUCAUUAAUCCAUGCGCACCGAACGCGGAUUGCUCCGUGGAGAAUCAUUAUCGUCAGUGUCACUGCUCUCGCGGUACCGCCGGCGAUCCGUUCGUCAACUGUUACAGGGACACCGACACUUUCCCAGAGUGCACAACGAACCAAGACUGCGCAACCAAUCAAGCCUGCAUCAAUCAACUGUGUCAAAAUCCAUGCGUUAGCACUCAGUGCGGCCUAAACGCGGACUGCAUCACCGUCAAUCAUCAUCCAACUUGUCAUUGCCAGCCAAACUUCGCCGGGGAUCCUCAAGUGCAGUGUUACAAGCCUGAGUGCAAAUCGGACAGCGACUGUCCUUAUGACAAGACAUGUCAGAACAACAACUGCAUCACACCGUGCCUUGUUGGAGACAUCGCCUGCGGCCGAGGCGCGGAGUGCAUCGCAGUUUCUCACAGGGCCCAGUGCGUCUGCCCACGAGGCACUCAAGGCGACCCACGCUUUGCUUGUAUAUCUACUGUCUGCCAUUACAACGAGGACUGUGCUGAUCAUGAAGCUUGCGAUAGAUUGAACAGAGUUUGCAGGCCGGUAUGCGACGAUGAUACUUGCGGCGACGGUGCUAAUUGUAUUGCCAGAGAACAUCAGCCCAAAUGUGUCUGUCCUCUGGGAAGCUCUGGAAAUCCGUACAUUGAGUGCACUGGCGUGUCCGUCGAACCCGAGUGCAAAUCGGACAGUGAUUGCCCACCGAAUUUGGCUUGCAUCAAUGGAAGAUGCCAAGACCCUUGCCUGUCCUCGCCCAUGUGCACCGGAGACCAAGAAUGCGAAGUAUUGAACACUCUACCCCUUCGUACAAUGAUCUGCAGCUGUCCACCAAAUACUGUCACCGACGUGAAUGGAUUGUGUAAGAAGAUCGUGUUCGAAGACGUACAAUGUCAUCAGGAUCAGGAUUGCAACAAUUCCGAUAAGUGCGUGUCCGGGACUUGCAUCGAGGCUUGUCUCACCACCCAGUGUGGAUUGAAUGCUCAAUGCAAGGCCUCGUCUCAUACUGGAAUCUGUCAGUGCCCAUCCGAAUUUAGUGGCAAUCCUUACAUCGAAUGUGCCCGAGUUUCUAUCACGGAGCGACCACCACCCAGUCCAGAAUGCUAUUCCAACAGCGAAUGUCCUACUGAUCGACAAUGUCUCAAUUUCUUCUGCGUGAACCCUUGCGUGCUCGGGGAAACGUGCGGCAGGAACGCGUUGUGCUACGUGGACAACUAUACUCCAGUUUGCAGAUGUCCUGCAAAUUAUGACGGCGAUCCACGGAUCAACUGCAUACCACCUCAGAUCGUAGCCGAAUGUACGUCCAACAGCGAGUGCGCGGGUAAUGCCGCAUGUGUAAACAACUUGUGCAUCAAUCCGUGCAACUGUGGCCCGAACGCUAAGUGCAACGUCGUGGAUCAUUAUCCAUCCUGCGUUUGCCCGCCAGGAUACUCUGGAAAUCCUCAACUGGGUUGCUUCAAAUUGGACUGUGAAUCGGACAGCGAGUGUAACAAUGCAGCGACGUGUUACAACGGCCAGUGCGUUAAUCCAUGCAUCCUGGAGAACAAGUGCGCGAUAAACGCAGAAUGUUACGGUCACAACCAUCGUGCGACUUGUCGCUGCGGGCCGGGUUACUUAGGAAAUCCGGAAGUGCACUGCGAGAGAGUGGAGUGCAGCGCUGAUCAUGAUUGCCCGCGGAAUCUGGCCUGCAGCAGCGGGCGCUGCGUGAAUCCUUGCGCCGAGGAUUCACCGUGCGCUCAGAACGCGAUUUGCUACGUCCAGGAUCACGUGGCCACAUGUCGCUGCCCGGAGAACAUCCCCAUCGGAAACCCGUAUUCUUACUGCACGCAUCGUCCCACGACGGAGUUCGACGAGCCCGAGUGCAGAAUCGACAUCGACUGCGCUGAUAAAUUAAUUUGUGUCAAGAACCGAUGCAUCGACCCUUGCCCGGUUAUCAAACCGUGCUUGGAGAACGCGCGGUGCAAUGUUUUGGACACUGUUCCUGUGAGGACGAUGACGUGCACGUGUCCCGAAGGUUGGACCACUGACGUCGACGGCGUUUGUAGACCAAUCCAAAUAACAGCAAUUGGAACCUGUACGACGAACGACGAAUGCAGAGACACGGAAGCCUGCAUUAAUAGACAAUGCAGGAACCCAUGCAACUGCGGUUCGAACGCCGUUUGCUACGUGCGAAAUCACAAACCCAUCUGUUCUUGCCAAGAGGGCUACCAAGGCAAUCCAGACAUCGCUUGUUAUUCCGUCGAGUGCAGAAGGGACAGCGAGUGCGCGUUAGGCAAAACCUGCAUAAACAACAACUGUGUGAAUCCUUGCCUAGUUUCCGACACUUGCGGCGUGAAUGCUGAGUGCUUCCCUAACAACCACAAAGGCGACUGUCGUUGCCGUAAGGGCUACCACGGGAAUCCGUUGGACCGCUGCAGGGUGAUCGGCUGCUACAGCAACGGAGAUUGUCCUGGAGAUCACUCUUGCGUCAACAUGCAAUGCGUGAACCCAUGCGUGCACAGCAACCCUUGCUCGGCUCGAGCCGAAUGCCGAGUAUUCAACCAUUUGCCUGUCUGUCGCUGCCCACCGCGUCAUACCGGCAAUCCUUAUGUGAAUUGUAAACCGGAAGAGAGGCCGGAGUGUAAGGAAGAUACCGACUGUCCGAAUCUGUUGGCUUGCUUUAACAAUAAAUGCCAGAACCCUUGCACCGCGGUGCAACCGUGCACGGAUCCAUCGGAGUGCAGAGUCCUGCCAACGUCUCCGGUUCGCACGAUGGUCUGCGUGUGUCCCAGCGGGUACGUCAGCAGCGGUAACGGUACCUGUCGUCCCACGAAGCCCAUUCUACAGGUCGAGUGUACCAGAGAUAGCGAUUGUCCAUCGGAGAGAUCAUGCGUGAAUGCUGUGUGCCGAAAUCCUUGCGCCUGUGGUCCCAACGCGGACUGCAGCGUCGUCAACCAUAAACCGAUCUGCUCUUGCAUUCUGGGAUACGAUGGGAACCCCGACUUGGCGUGCACGAAAGUUGCCGGAUGCCGCACGGAUGGUGACUGCAGCGGAUCGCACGCGUGCGUGCAGCACAACUGCGUUCCAGUGUGUUCGCCGUCGUUCUCCACCUGCGGAAAAGGCGCCGAAUGUCACGGUAUCAAUCACAAGGCUAUCUGCGAGUGCCCACCGGGAUAUGGAGGCAAUCCGAGGGUCUCUUGCGUUCUCCUCGGUUGUAAGAGCAAUUCUGAUUGCCCUACGAACAAGGCUUGUGUCAACAAUCGCUGUGAAAACCCGUGCACGAUCAACCCUUGCACUGGAAAUAUGGAAUGCAACGUGUACAAUCAUGUAAUAGAAUGCGCUUGUCCUCCUGGCUACGUCGGAGACGCCAAAGUUGGAUGCACUAAAUUAAUAGAAAAAUGUAAGGCGGAUAACGAAUGUCCGUCGCAAACUGCCUGCUUCAACGGGGAGUGCAUCAACCCUUGCGUGAAAAUUGGACCAUGCGGAGUAAAUGCUGAUUGCAAAGUACUUGACACGUCUCCGGUGAGGACUAUGAUCUGCGAGUGUAUUCCUGGAUACAGAGGAAACGCGGUCGUUCGAUGCGAUAAAACCAAUGUAUGUCCGGUGGAGAAAGGUGAAAUUAUUGACGAAUAUGGAAACUGUAUCUGUCCGCCUGGGUCGGCUAAGGAUGAAACAGAAGUCUGUGUUCCGUGUCGCAAACAGUCCGGUAUGAUUAUCAACGAGGAAGGUUACUGCGUGUGUGCUUUGGAGAAUGGCAUGAUCAUUGACGAAUACGGUCGCUGCGUCUGCCCGACUCAGCACGGAUACAGAUUGGACAUUAAUGGAUAUUGUAGAUUAGUGGAUAUAGUCGAGUGCAGGCACGACGACGACUGUGCUGACAAUAGAUACUGUGAUAAGACCAGCCAGACUUGCGAGGAUCCUUGCGGGAAUCAACUGUGCGGUCUCUAUGCACUCUGCAAUGUUACUCGUCAUCAAGCAAUUUGCAUUUGCAUUAACGGCUAUAUUGGCAAUGCUUACACUCAGUGUUAUGACAGAAACCGAUGGCGCACUGAUUUCCCAAGACCAGAGAUGGUAGUCAGUUGUUUGUCGGAUGGGGUGCAAGUCGAGAUACAUCUUCAUGAUCAAGAAUUCGACGGUGUUCUCUAUGUGAAAGGCCACAGCAAGGACGAACAGUGCAGAAGAGUUGUCUCCAUUCCCGCAGAAACAAUGCACAAGACAGAAAUAUUCAAGGUGGCGUUUGGAAAUUGUGGACUGAUACACGUGAACGGACAAGCGAGCUUCGUACUUGUCAUACAAAAACACCCGAAACUGAUGACAUACAAGACCCAAGCUUAUCACAUAAAAUGCAUAUACCAAACCGGAGAACAGAACGUCACCCUCGGCUUCAACGUUUCGAUGUUAACUACCGCUGGAACUAUCGCCAACACCGGUCCACCGCCAGUAUGUUUAAUGAAAAUCGUCACUCAGAAUGGGAACGAGAUCAAUUCCGCCGAAAUUGGAGAUAACUUGAUGUUGCAAGUCGAAGUUCAACCUUCCACAAUCUACGGCGGGUUCGCUCGAAAUUGCGUGGCCAAGACGAUGGAAGACAACAUGGAGAAUGAGUACAUUGUAACUGAUGAAAACGGUUGCGCGACAGACCCGACGAUAUUUGGAGAAUGGGAACAGAAUCCCGAGACGCAGACUUUAAUGGCCAGCUUCAACGCAUUUAAGUUCCCAAGCAGCGAUAACAUUCGAUUCCAAUGCAACAUCCGCGUUUGCUUUGGACGCUGCCAACCCGUGAAUUGCCGAGGAUACAAUGCGUUCGGUCGUCGCCGCCGAGACGUGACGUCCGAGUCAAACGACACAUCCCUAAGUGUCACGGACGGGUACGAAGGACAACUUCGAGAAGAAAUUACAAUCCAGUCGAAUUUGAUAUUCACUCUGGAGAGGAGAGAAGAGAGGUUCACAGCAGAUCCGGCUGAAAUCGCUUCGGCUCAAAGAGUGGAAGACAUAUGCGUAUCUAUGGUCGGCUUUGUGAUAGCGUUAGUAAUCACAGCACUCCUGGCACUAGUCGCCGUAGCUAUCGCCGUAUCCUGCUGGCUAAUGGCGUACCGUCGCCAGCCAAAGACUGCUGGACCACUGCCACAUCCACCAGAGUUCCCAAACCCGUUGUUUACUACCGAAUCUGUAGCUGAACCGUCUCCUGAUUAUCACCAAUCAUAAGUUCUCUAGGAUAAUUAUUAUAUUUUAACGUAAUUUUACGAUUAUUCUCAAUAUGGAAUGCAGAACAGACCACGUACUCUUCUUUCUCCUCGCUGGUCGGUCUUGUAUUUCUGUGAACGACUCCUCCAGUGGCUGACCUUUCCGUUACUUCCCUAUUGAGAGUUCACGAAGAGCGUACGAUCAUUGUUAUAUAUACCCCGAAUCACAACGUAGAUAAACACUAUAAAUAUAGAUAGAGAGCGCGUGAGAGAGAAACGUUUACUAUUUAUGGUGAUGGUUCGCUUCCAUUAUCUACACACGAGAGAAUUUUGUCUUCCGGUCUAUCGUUUCUAUUCCUCCCUUAUUUAGUCACUGGAGGAUUCGUUAUUGCGUAACACAGCGAAUUUAAUUCCCGUGUAAAGUCGAACGAAUUAGUCUAAUAUAGCUUUCUUACUUCGAGCGUAGGUAACUGUACAUUUUUUAUCUAAUAAAGCGCUAAUGUAAUAUUUUUAAAA